AUGGGCCCGGCCCUGCGCAGACCUCGCCGGCCGACAGACACGCCCGCGGCGGCCGCAGUCUCCGCCCGCCUUGCCAAGCCUAGCCCGCCCAGCUCGCCGCCCACCAGCCACGUCCCCUCGCGGGCGCAGGCGCAGCCCCGCACAGGCCCGCCCCCAAAGACCCGGCCCGCAGGCGCAGACGUGCCCACCGCCCGGGUGCGUCCCAGCCCCAAGGGACCAGUCCCGCAGGAACAGCCCCGCCCACAAGGACCCGCGCCUGCCGGAAGCCUCUCAGCGGCCGCCGCAAACACAAGCCCUCCCUGCAAGCGCAGGCCCACCCACUUUCUGGGUAACCAUUCCGCAGGCACAGCUCCGCCACCAAAGGAAUGUCCCCGCAGACACAGCUCUGCCCACAAGGACCCGCCUCGCAGGCAAAGCCUCACUCACAGCCAUCGAACCCGCCCAGAAGGCCCUGCCCUGCAGACACAGCUCCGCCCCGUUUCCGAGACGCGCCCCUCACGGACGAACCCGCCCACCGCCACAGAACCCGCCCACCGGCAGAACCCCGCCCCUAAGGACUUGCCCCACAGGCAUAGCCUGCCCCCGAGGACCCGCCCCUCACGGACGAACCCGCCCACCGCCACAGAACCCGCCCACCGGCAGAACCCCGCCCCUAAGGACUUGCCCCACAGGCAUAGCCUGCCCCCGAGGACCCGCCCCUCAGGCACAGCCCCUCCCACCGCCACAGAACCCGCCCACCGGCAGAACCCCGCCCCUAAGGACUUGCCCCACAGGCAUAGCCUGCCCCCGAGGACCCGCCCCUCAGGCACAGCCCCUCCCACCGCCACAGAACCCGCCCCACCGGCAGAACCCCGCCCCUAA